AUGGGCAUCGAGAGACACGUUACCUCGACGGUGAUCCUGGUGGCUCUGAGGAUUACCCAUAAUGCCCUGCUCUUCCUAGGGCUUUCAGGAUGUCUGAUUGAAAAAGCAGGCUUUUUUGCUUUGGUCCCAGCUCUGACCUCCAACGAUUCCCAUAUGAAAGAACUGGACGUGAGCUACAACCAUCCAGGACCUUCAGGGGUGGAGCUUCUGCAGACCGCUCUGAACCUUACCCACAGACGCUGUCGGCUGGAUAUUUUAAGGAUUCAACAUAAGUUCUUCUCAUUACAGUAG